AAAUCACAUAUAAAUUACAUAUAAAAGUUUUUAAAAAAAAAAAUCGAAUUCCCUAUGACUAAAGUAAGAAUUCAAUAAAAUGAAAAAUAUACUUAUACAUAAAUACAUCUAAGCUAGAACCAUGGAGACAAAAAUUCCAGCAAGAGAAGUAACGGCAACAAAGGUAUUUGUGAUAGAGAAUGCAGCAGAGGGUGCAUCAGCUUCUCCUGGGUUUGAUGCUGGGCCAUUUGUUCCUGGUGCUGGUGGAGAAGAAGUGUUUGGGGUUGGUGAUGAAGGAGAUGGUGCUGGAGAAGAAGUGGUUGAAGGAGAGGGUGCUGGAGAAGUGUUUGUGGAGGGUGAUGGAGCAGGUGCUGAAUUGGGUGAUAAUGAUCGGGUAGGUGCGGGUGCAGGAGCUUGUUGUGCUAUGCAUGAGGUAGCCAAGAGUCCCAAUAUCACAAACACUUUGAUUGCAACAGAACCCAUAUUUGUUAAUAUAAAUAUUUUUUUUGAUAGAGUAGAAUGUUGAGUGAAAUGUGAUUUUUCCAAAUAUAUGAUUUGUAUAAUAAUUGAUUUGUGUAAGGUCCAAGUGCUUAAUUGGGGUAUAUAUAGUCUAAUAUUGCUUGUGUGAUUUCUUAGCAAGUGUGGUGUGUGAAUAAUAAUGAGUCAAAAUAAAAUAAAAGACUACUCCUCCUUAAUUGUUAAAAUAAACAUUUUACUUUGUUUGUGUUUGGAAGUUAAGUAAUACGACAGGGUUUGGUAUAACCGCGUUUAACCAUUCUCACUUUGAUUUUUCUUUCUAGAUUACUUAACAUUCAACCAUUUGAUUUGUUCACGUAAUUGUAAACUGAUGAUAGGUGGAUAAG